UAAGAUUAUGUUCCAAUUUUGUCACUGUAACUUGUUCUAUAGAAAGGUUAUUUUAUCUGUCUGGGGCUACAUUUUAUCUAACCUGUCUGGGGCUACAUUGAAAUAAAGAAGAAUAAAAAUGUCUGCUCCAAGAGCGGCCUGUGUUGUUCCUGUUCUCACGACGUUUGCUGCUAUGGCUCUUCUGUUCUACGUCGCCGGAAGAAAUUAUUAUGAUUUGUAUACAGAAAGAUUGACUGAUGUGAAUACCACUAGCAAACGUCGUCAAUUAACUCAUAAAAUGUCUGUUGACAAAUUAAAUUCCCGAAUAUGUCUGACUUCAGAGUGCUUACAAGUAGUCAAACAUAUUCGUAAUUCACUUGACAUGAAAGUGAAACCAUGUCAUGAUUUUUAUCGCUUUGCUUGCGGUAACUGGAAAAGACAUAAUCAUUUUCCAAACUCUUACAACGAAUAUAACACGUUUUCGAAAUUGUCUCGUCAUAUCGAGAGACAGUUAAAAGGGUUAUUAGAAGAUAAUUUUGAUGUUAACGCAAGAUCAAUCGAAGUAGAAUCUGUUAAUAAAGCAAGAAAUUUUUAUAAAUCCUGUAUGAAUGUUGAAGAAAUUGAAAGACUUGGAGCUUUGCCUAUGCUAAAUUUUAUCGAAAGUAUAGGUUCAUGGGCACUUGCUGGUCAAUGGAAGGCCUCAAGAUGGAAUGUUUUUAAAGUUUUAAAACACAUUCAAAAGUUAUACUAUCCUGCAUCACCAUUUUUUUCUGUUGAAGUUACAAAUGAUCACUUGAAUUCAAGAAAACAUCUCAUUAAGAUCGAACAAUCUGGACUUAGUUUACAAAGAGAGAUAUACUUUAAGCACCCCGAGAUGGUGAGAAUUUACCAGAAAUAUAUGUCAAAAGUGGCCGUUCUUCUUGGAGCCAAGCCUAAAGAUGCCGAACAACAUAUGAAGGAAGUCAUAGACUUUGAAACAAACCUUGCUCGAGUUACAGCAUCUGCUGAAGAUAAAGCUCAAGGUUUGUAUAGAAGAAUGACAAUCCAGGAACUCUGCCGUCGAGUACCUGAGUUUGACUGGUUCAGUCAUUUGAAGUACAUCUUUCCUGAAGCCCACAUAAAGAAAAGAGAUGUUGUUUUAGUGACAUCACCUAAAUAUCUUCGUAAAGUAAUAUGGCUACUUAAAAAUACCCACAAAAGGUUGCUUUCUAACUAUAUCACGUGGCAAAUGAUUAGAGAAAAGAUUGGUCUGCUUUCCAAGCCAUUCAGACAAGCUCGUUCUGACUUCAAUGAAAAUAUUACUGGAGUGAAAGACAAUGAGGAUCGUUGGAGGAUAUGUACUAGUAUCACCAAUGACAAUAUGGGUGUUCCCAUUGGCAGUUUGUUUAUUAGGAAAUAUUUUGAUGAUAAAAUUGUCAACUCGACAUUAAACAUGAUACAAAAAAUAUUGGACGCAUUCAAGCAAAAAGUCACCAAUCAUAAAUGGAUUGACAACACAACAACAGCAGGAAUACUUGAUAAGGCAAACGCUAUUAAUAGUAAAGUUGGUUAUGCUCCUUACGUAGCAAAUCCCAAGUCUCUUAGAAAACGAUUUCAAAAUCUCGAAGUGGAUACAACUCGGUUCUUUUGGAAUAAUGUCAAUGUUGACAAAUGGAUCAGACGACGUCUAUUUGCAAAAUUGAGAAAAAUUGUCGAUCCAGAAAAAUGGCCAAUGUUUCCGCAGACAAUCAACGCUAUGUACCAGUUCUAUGAAAACGAAAUAGUUAUUCCGGCAGGAAUUUUAAGACCACCAUUUUAUUACAAUGGAAAUGUUCCAAGAUCUUUGACUUACGGAGCGAUCGGCACUAUAAUUGGUCAUGAACUAACACAUGGUUUUGAUAACACUGGUCGACGUUUCGAUAAAAACGGAAAUAUAAUAGGCGAAUGGUGGAAACCAUCAACCAUAAAAGAAUUUAAUGAAAGAGCGAAGUGUAUAGAAAAGCAAUAUUCAAAAUACAAAAUACAAAACAAAUAUCCAUUGAAUGGCAAAGUAACUUUGGGUGAAAAUAUUGCAGAUAAUGGUGGAACAAAGUUAUCUUAUUAUGCUUAUAAAAAUUGGUUGAAAGAAAACGGAGGAGAAAUGUUACUUCCUGGAUUGCCUUUCACCAAUGAACAAUUGUUUUUCAUUGGUUAUGCUCAGGAGUAUUGUGGUAUAAGCAAUACAAAAGCUGAAUACAUAUCAAGCUUAAAUGAAGUACAUGCACCACCCCAGUUUAGGGUGAUAGGAACACUGUCAAAUUUUUUGGCAUUUUCGAAAGCAUUCAAUUGUAGAAGUGGAUCGCCGAUGAAUCCAAAGAAAAAAUGCGAAGUUUGGUGAAAAGUAACGGCAUAUAGUAUAUCAUUCGUUUUGACUUUUUGUAAAAACUGGUUUUAAUGGUGUUAUUUUUUAUGUUUCAUGCCUUGAGUUUUUCAUACGGAAAUUCACAUUUUUCAUUUUUUUUGAAAAGCUAUGUGACCGACCUAAAUGCGAAUUUUACCAACUUAAAAAACAAUUUUUAUGACCAUAUGAAGAGAUAUGUCUGAAUUUUAAUGACACGGACAAGACUUCAAGCAAAUCAUCUUUUCUAGGGGUCUGGGGGUGGAAAAAUUAUAAAUAAAAAUAAGAUUUUCUGUGGUGGGUUGAACGGGGAACCCAUAGCCACCUAUAGCUCACUGCAAUAGCGUUGAACCUCUGCUCCGUGGUCCCUGCAAGAACUAUUGAGGCGAACAUCUGUUCAAAACAGCUGUGUAAAAUAGUUCUCUUUGUGCUGUCAAAAAUAACAUACGCUUUAAAUAAUCUUCCUGUCCAAUACACCCUUCCAUUACGUUGUAUAUAUACAUAUUUGAUAUAAAAUGCUUCCUUUAGUUAUAGUUAAUGCCUAAUGUCUUACAUUAUAAACAUUGCUACUAACGUUAAUAAAGUCAGUCUCGAACUGGUA